AUGGAAACAGAAAAUCAAAAUACCACAAUCACUUCCUUUGUCCUUUGGGGAUUCUCAAAUAAUUUACCAGUGAAUCUCUUCUUCUUCUUUAUGUUCUUAUUUAUUUAUCUCCUAACAUUACUGGCAAAUAUAGUGAUUAUGAUUGUCACAAAUUUUCUCUCAAGCCCCAUGUACUUUUUCCUGGCUCAUCUGGCUUUUCUUGAUAUUUGUUUUUCUUCUGUUACUGUGCCUAAGCUCUUAGAAAUUUUUACCAAACAACAGGCUAUUUCAUACUCUGCCUGUUUUGUCCAAAUGUUCUUUAUUCUUCUAACAGGAAGCAAUGAAAUUUGCAUUCUUACAGCAAUGGCCUACGAUAGAUAUGCUGCCAUCUGCAAACCCCUCCAUUAUGUUCAAAUUAUGAACAAAGCAUGUUGUAGAUGGCUGAUGGGUGCUGCCUGGGUAGUGGCUUUUUCAUAUGCCUCAAUAAACACAUUUCCUGCUUUGAAGCUGGGUUUCUGUCAGGCAAAUUUUAUCAGGGAUUUCAGUUGUGAAUUUCCCUCUCUAAUUGCAUUAUCUUGCACAGACACAUUCUUCAAUUGGACAUUGUUACUCAUAACUUGUGGUACCAUUGCUAUAUCUUCCUUAAUAAUAAUUCUGUUUUCCUACAUUCAUAUCAUCUCCACUAUUCUGAAGUUAAACUCCACAGAAGCAAAGAGGAAAACUUUCUCUACCUGUAGUGCUCAUCUUAUAGUUCUGACUUUGUAUUAUUUCACUGGGUUGUUUAGAUAUAUGAGGCCCAACUCAGCUUCCUCAAUUAUUGUGGAUGAAAUCUUCUCUGUUCAGUACAGUCUUUCCACACCCAUGCUGAACCCACUUAUCUACAGCCUCAAAAACAAAGAAGUGAAGGACACCAUCAAAAAACUAAUGGGUUAUAAAUCUUUGAUUUUUCGUACCGUAUAA